AUGGUUGGUCGUCGCCAAAUCCACCAGGCCAUCCACUCGAGGAUGAUGAAGCGCAACACAGACAACGACGACGUGCUCCAAUGGGAACAAAUUGUUACAACCCUUGUUACGGAACUGAAGCACGAAGUAUCAUCCUAUUAUGGGCAUGAAGGCUCGGAUGUUGAGAAGUUGUACCCGGGGUUCGACUAUCAUAAUGAAAAGAUCCGGGCGAGGUUAUCCAGAUGGCCGUGGCAUAGGAGUUUUUUCAAGGCAAUUGAUUAUUUGGACCUCAGCGAGAGCGAAAUCGACAGUGUAGUUACCUGGUGGGGAACUUUGAAGGAACGACAGGCUUAUGAAAAGAAGACGGGGACGAUUAUCAGGGACACGACUGGAGAUGAUAUUCCGACUUGGGAACAAGUGCAAGAGAUGAAACAAGAGGCGCUGAAAGAUGAAGAGGAGGAUUUCGAUGGGAUAAACCCUUACACCUUGAACCGGGAAGAGAUGGAGAGCAUGCUGAAGGAGGCGGAUAGGUUAGCCUUACAGGAGAGUCUGCAGCAAGCGGCUUUGCAGAGCCAUGCUACGGCUACAGCUCUCAGGAUUCAACAGCAGUUUCGUCAGGCCGAACAGCUUUUCGGUUAUGUACGAGAGUGA